AUGUUUGGAGGUGCAGAAUGGAGGACUCUGGAGAUGGUGUUGGUCUUACAGGAAUCAAUCGCCAGCGGCCGCCAUGCUAAGUAGGUGGCUAGGUACAUAGCGUGGGCUUUGCCAUGGACAAUUGUAGUUGAGGAAGGAGCGUAGGGUUAGACUUCUAUGUUGCACCUGCAGGUGUUCAUGGGAGGUGAACGUGGUAAGCCGGGUAAGAAACGCUCCUCCCUCACAAAUUUCCUGACCAUGGAAAUAUCCAGAGGCAAAGUCAAAGAGAACAGCUCUUGCCUCUGGAUAUCAACUCCCUCUCAGCGAAUUGGAAGCGUCCAGAUUCCAGACACGUGGGAUGUUGCAACUUCUGCAAUGCUUUCCAAAUAUGUACCAUAGCGAUGUUUUAGCAUUCCCUACACUUCCAAUUGACCAGUACCAGUACUUCUACUUGACCUCGCCUCUUUCAGAUACCUAUACACCAGGUAAAAAUAUGAAUCAAAACACAAAUAGGCCAUCCUACCAAACACCCCAACAAGUGUAUCCCAGUACUCCACAGUCAUCCACUCGCACUCCAGGAAGCUCUCCUCGUCGCUUAUGCCCAACAAGCAGCGGAAAGCCCCCGAAACGAAGCUUAUCACUCAACCUCUUUUCAAUCAUCAACAAGUUCGAAGCUCUUGAUGCGGUCAGUCUGCCAUACCGGUACCCUGGACUUCAACCUGCUCCUCUGCAGGUAUCAAGAAACACUUCUAGGCGGAGAGACGGACAUGGAGCUGGCAUGGAUAGACUUUCCACUAUUUUCAGUCCCGGUGGUAAAGGAUAUGAAGGAUACAUUCCUCUCGGCUCUGAAGAGUGUCUAAGGCCUAUUCCUCGAAGACAAGAGCCUUCUGUAAGUGUUGAGGAGUGUACACCAACCACUGGAAUCAAAAGAUGGAAAGGACGUCCUCGCAAGUCUAUGUCGCCUCAGAAAUCAAAUACGUCGACUACCGAACGAGGUAAUAGACGUUCGAGGUCCGAUUCUGACCUGAAAGAUACAAGUCGCUUAUUAUCUUCUGCGAAAACCCGUUUGGAGAACGGGGGGAGUAAGAGACACAGAUCAAUCAAAGAAAUGAUCAAGUUUUAUGAUGGAGGUUCGGAAACUACCUCGUUCCCUCUUACACCAAGAAGAAAAGCUGACGAGCUUUGUCCACAGCAGCUUCAACACGACAUAAUACCAAAACAAAAACCUCGUUCGCAGAUUCGUCGAUUUCCGAAACCCCAGUCUCACUUCUCCUCUCACCGAUGGUUACAAACGACAAUAGAAACUCGACCGUCAGAAGAAGAACCCUCACAAAGCCCAGCACUGUCUAUGUCACAUCAACCGGGUCCCCUCAUACAGCCACGGGUAGAAGACAGAGCCACGCAUUCGGAUUCAGAGCAAAAGAGUCUUUUUCUACUCAUUUCCCAACUUCCAAAUGGUCUACUACACGGCCAAGAUCUCCCUCUAGAACCCGACGCCAAAGUUCAUUUAGAGACACCCCUGAUACUGGUUCCAAAAGAAGUUCAUUCCGUGGUCGUUCUCUUCCGAGAAUUGUGGUCAAGCAGCAGUCCUCUGAAGCUCGUACCAAUGGAUCAGCAAACAAGACUCCCUCACGAUAUCAGCGAAACCAAUCUCUUGGGCCUUCAAGAUCUGGGACUGGAAGUCGCGUAAGUCUAAGUAAAGCAAAGAUUGGAAACAAGAUUGAGGCAUUGUACAGAGCAAAGAGUCUGGAAAGAGGAAAGAAAGAAUCUCCAGAGAAACCACCCAAGACACCGACAAGUAGAAACAUAACAAAACCUAGCCCAUGGCAAAGCAGUGCGCGUACCGUGAUUACCCAUCGAGGAGGCCCAGAUAUUAGCCCAUCCAAAGUUGCCGAGAUAAAGAAACUGUUCGAGGGACAACAGAGAGUCGAGGAUUCAACUCCAGUCUCGCCACGGGUCAAUCCUAAGUUGACCAAGCUCAAUAAGCCCGCUAUAUCCCAACAAGAAAGCUCGCACAAAUCUCAAAAGUCAUCAUCUCCACAGCUACAAUUACAACCACCUCCGCCGAUGCGAGAUAUUAGCAACAGACAGACGCCAGUUCUGUCAUCGACUACAAUUCCGGAAAAGAUUCCACAAUCUCACUCUUCUCAAAUCAGUGCACUGGCAAGUCCCAAGUCUGAGAAAAAGCCCGAGCCUACAUCACCACAACGUCCACGAAAUAAAACUUUAGUGGACAGAAUCAAGCUUUUCGAAGAUGGUAUACGACCAAAAGAGACAACCGGUCGUUUGAAGAAAAGAAGCUUUUCAGGCAAAGGCGCAAACCCCAUCAUCGCAUCCCGCAAAACCUUCUUCGAGCUCCCCAGCUGGAAGAAUGUUAGUAAACCCAAAAUGCACAGCAAAGCCGAACUAAACGCGACCGAAAUUGAAGCCAUCGUGGAAGAAUUCCAUGACGGAGCAGCCGGCGGCAAACUCGGAAAGCGCAAAAACAUCGUGGGGAAAUGGAAUGCCUUCUCGCAUGAUUCCAACGGCACCGGACACAGCAAGAACAACAAAGAAAACGACGAAACGAAAGCGCUUCUCACGAGAACGAGCGAGGAACUAGAACGAAUGGUGGUCAAGGAGGCGGAAUGUGGAUUGAAGGAGCCGAAGCCGAUGAGACUGGUGGAGAUGAAGCGGAUGAUGCUUCUUUGUAGAGAGAAGGCGGGGUUUGGGGGGGAUCGAGAGAAGUUGAGGGUUGGAGGGCAGUUUAAGAGGGUUUAG